CUGACAACAGGCCGUCUACAAACCAUCAGAGUCGAGUACAGGUGGACGCAGUCAGACAAAGUUCUUCAGUCAAACUUCCAGAUCAAAUGAAACGCUGUUGUUGGUGUUUCAGGUAUUCGGUACAGUACAGACGUGUCUGUAGACGAGGUGAAAGCUCUGGCCUCGCUGAUGACCUACAAAUGUGCUGUCGUCGAUGUUCCGUUUGGUGGAGCCAAAGCCGGAGUGAAGAUCAACCCAAAGCAUUAUUCUGACACUGAGCUGGAGAAAAUCACCAGGAGGUUCACGAUUGAACUCGCUAAGAAAGGCUUCAUCGGACCUGGUAUCGAUGUUCCUGCCCCAGACAUGAGCACCGGUGAGAGGGAGAUGUCCUGGAUCGCAGACACCUUCGCCACCACCAUGGGACACUUGGACAUCAAUGCUCACGCCUGUGUCACUGGGAAACCCAUCAGUCAGGGAGGAAUCCACGGUCGCAUUUCUGCCACCGGUAGAGGCGUUUUCCACGGCAUCGAGAACUUCAUCAACGAGGCGGCGUACAUGAGCCAGCUGGGGAUGUGUCCCGGCUUCCAGGACAAGACCUUCGUCAUCCAGGGCUUCGGUAACGUGGGUCUUCAUUCCAUGCGUUACCUCCAUCGCUUCGGAGCCAAAUGUGUCGGAGUCGCAGAAAUGGACGGAAGCAUCUGGAACCCUAAUGGCAUCGACCCCAAAGAGCUGGAGGACUACAAACUGGACAACGGGACGAUCGUGGGCUUCCCGAACUCGACGCCGUACGAAGGAAGUCUCCUGGAGGCCGACUGCGACAUCCUGAUCCCCGCCGCCGGAGAGAAACAGCUGACCAAGAGCAACGCGCACAAGAUCAAAGCCAAGGUCAUUGCAGAAGGAGCCAACGGUCCGACCACGCCCGAGGCCGACCGCAUCUUCCUGGAGAGAAACAUCAUGGUGAUCCCGGACAUGUAUUUGAACGCCGGUGGUGUCACAGUGUCGUACUUCGAGUGGUUGAAGAAUCUGAACCACGUUAGUUAUGGUCGACUCACCUUCAAAUACGAGCGAGACUCCAACUACCACCUGCUCAUGUCGGUUCAGGAGAGUUUAGAGAGAAAGUUCGGGAAACAUGGAGGCUCCAUCCCCAUCGUCCCCACCUCCGAGUUCCAGACCAGAAUCUCUGGAGCAUCUGAGAAGGACAUCGUUCACUCAGGUCUGGCCUACACUAUGGAGCGCUCUGCCAGGCAAAUCAUGAGAACAGCCAACAAGUACAACCUGGGUCUGGAUCUGAGGACGGCAGCGUACGUCAACGCCAUCGAGAAAGUCUUCCACGUUUACAGGGAGGCCGGUCUCACCUUCACAUAGACUCAGCUCCAUCCACCUGCAUGUCUGUCUGUCAGCUACCUGUCUGUCUCUUACCUGUCUGUUACCUGUCUGUUAUCUGUCUCUUAUCUGUCUGUUACCUGUCUGUUAUCUGUCUGUUACGUGUCUGUUACGUGUCUGUCGUCCAUGACUUGGACAGAAUCCAGUGUUUAUGGUUCUUCUCGGCGGCAGCGUGAAUGAAGACGCUGAAUCUUUCUGCUCACAAUCUUUUCUCUCCUCAAUUUUAAGAAUAAACCAGAGGAGCCUCGAAUCUUCAGCUUUAAACGGGCGAGUCCCCACUGUGCUGCUCUCUGACCAAUCCUCAGUCAACCUGAAUAUAGAACAUUACUGUCUGUAAAAAACGCCUUAAUGCCACAGAGACCUGACACCAUUUGCCUGAAAUACACCAUGAGGCCAAAAGUAUGUGGACACCCUCAUUUUCUAUAUCUAUAUAGCAACUAGAGAUUAUCCUCUGAUGAUUAUUGAUUAUGUUUUUGAUAAAUUCCUUAGGGAUGAGGAAUAAAUGAUGAUGUUCAGUUUUUUGACCUGUUCUUGAUUUGAAACAAGAUGUUCACAUUAGAGAAGCUGAACUCAGAGUUUUUAACGAAAAAUUAUUCUGGUGUAAAAAAGUGAGACGGGUAGUCGGGUGUCCACUUACUUUUGUCCAGGGGGUGGACACUGUAUGUGUAUUGCUUUUUGUGUAGUGCGACGCACACGUGCCUCAGGACCUCAGCUUUGAUAUUUACGUCACUAAAGGAUCGUUCCUGUGUUUUUGUGGUUUCAGGUGAGUUUACAGUUAAUCAGCAGUUGACUCAUCAUUAUUAACCAGCUGAUAGUGAAUUCUAACAGUUACACUUUAUAAGCAGCUUAAUGUCUGUUUUGAAAUACAUGUUUACGAUGAACAGUAAAGACUGUUGUUGUCGAGAACUUCAUUUUUUCAUUCAACUCCUCCAAGCUUCAUCUAAAGAUGUAGAAACGUGUAGAAACACGUGGAUUGAUCCUUUAGCUUCUUGUUAUUUCGUCUGGUUUUUAAAUGAAAACCUCGUUCUCUCUUUAGGUCGUGACGCACUUACAGCUCAUGCUAAUGCUAAUGCUCCAUAUGGUGGAGAAACUUACAUUAACUAUGCAAAUCCCUGCUGACUGUGUGUCCUGGCUCCUGAGUCCUCCAGGGGCCACACACCUCUCAACAAAUGCACAAAUCCCCCCCCCCCCAGUAAAAGAGUCUGAGCUGAACUGUAAAUCUGGGGACGAUGGGGGGGGGUUGAUGUUUGAUGGUAAAAAGGAGCUAAAACUUUAUUCUCUGUCAGUUGUAAGAUCCUGUGUGACGGAGUUUUUAUGCCUUUUGUUCAAAUGAAAUAAAGAAGAAACAAAGUCGA